GCACUAUAUUAAAUUAGAUGUAACCUAAAAGAAAAAACCGUUUCCGUACGGAGGUUAUUUAAAUGUGCUUGAAUUAUUUUAAUAUAAUAUAUACUUACGCGAAGGAUUGAGAAUUUUAUGGAAAACCUUUCAGUUGCAGAAAAAAUAGACAAAACUAACUAUUACACUGUUUUGCAAUGUAAUCAAAAUUCUUCUUUUGAUGAAAUUAAGCAGAAUUAUCAUGUACUGAUUAAAAAAUUUCAUCCAGAUAAACAAAGUACAUCCUACUCGAGUGAAGAAUUUAUUAUCAUCGAUAAGGCUUAUAAAACGCUUAGUGAUGAGAAAUUGAGAAAAGAGUAUAAUGCUCUAUUGUUAGAAGACAGCUUUAAUCACAAUUCAUUGAUAUAUGCAGAGGUUGAUAAAUCGAGCUUAGAUUUUAACUCCAAAGGAAUUGCAGAAUUUUUGUGCAGGUGUGGACAAAACAUUGAAAUUAUACAAAGCGAUUUGGAUGAUGAAAAAUGCUUAAUUGAGUGUUCCGAGUGUACAAACUGCAUAUUAAUAAGAUAAAUUUAAUUGCUACUUCCAACAUUAUUAAAGUUUAAAUUGAAUAACAUCCCAUUCUUUUUCACCAUGUCUAAUGUUAGGAAAACCAUAGUUUCAAAUUGUGAAAAGAAAUUUUUGUUGAAGAAUCUUGCAGAAUGGACAAGAUUAGAUGGAAGGGCAUUUGAUGAAUUUAGAAAAGUUUCAAUUGAUUUUGGUAAAGAUUGGGGUUGUUGUCACGUUUCCUUAGGAAAAACUAGAGUUCUAGCACAAGUAUCUGCUGAAAUACAACAGCCAAAAUCAUCUAGACCCAGCGAAGGUAUACUAAAUCUUAAUAUUGAAUUAAAUCCACUAGCAGCUCCUCAUUUUGAAGCAGGAAGGCAAUCAGAUUUAUCAGUUCAGUUGAACAGAUUAUUGGAGAAAUGUUUAAAAGAUUCCAAAGCUCUUGAUUUGGAAUCUUUGUGUAUUAAAAUGAAUGAAAAAGUUUGGGCGAUUAGAGUAGAUAUAAAUGUAUUAAAUUACGAAGGAAAUAUAUUAGAUUGCGCUUCUAUUGCCGCUCUAGCUGCUUUGGCGCAUUUUAGAAGACCUGACGUCACUUGUGAUGGGGAAGAAUUCAUUAUACACAGUGUCAAACAAAGAGAUCCUAUUCCUUUGGUUAUACACCAUUAUCCUGUGUGUAUUACAUAUUCUAUUUUUAAUGGAGGGGAAUAUAUAAUAGCCGAUCCAACUAUACAAGAAGAAGGAGUAGCAGAUGCUUUCAUGUCUAUAGGAUUGAAUUCCUAUAAAGAAUUAUGUGGUCUUCAUCUAGGAGGUAAAGCGGAUUUAACACCGGAAAUGAUUCUAACUACUGCUAAUAAAGCAGCUCGGAGAGCUGGUCAGAUUGUGCAACAAAUUAAAGAAACAGUGGAAAAGGAAAAUAAUGAAAGGUUGGAAAAGCAAAAAAGUGGUUGUGGUUUGAGUUUACUGAACCUUACCAUUGAAGAUAACGGAGGUCCAGGUGAUAUAAGUACUGUAAUAAAUCAGUGGGUGACUAAAGAAAAGAAGAAUAAAAAGAAAAGUAAACGUAAAGAUAAAGAAUUGAAAUCUAAGCAAAAGGAAGAUUGUCCAAGCGAGACAGUGGAAAUUCAAAAAUGUGGUGAAGGUACCGCGGCUUUGGUACCUAAAGAUCAAAAAGAGAAUGUUUGGACCGUGAUCGAUAGCGAUAAAGAAAAUAGUGAUGAUGAAAUUGAAGUUAUAGAAGUACCAAAACCAGUCAUUGAUUUACUAGAUGUUAAUACGGACAGCGAAGAAGAUGUAGUAGUAGUUCUGAACGCAGAUGACAAAACCAGGAAAAAGAAAAUGAAAAAAUAAGAAGCUUUGUAUUAUUUUUUAUUUUAUAGAAAACAUUUUAAAAUUGCAAAAUAUAUUAUACUUAAAUAUACUACAUUAAAUUUUUGUUUUAAAUAUUA